CUGGAUGUCCCAGCCCUUCCCUCGGCCAGGAGGAGCGAGGCACUGACCCAGAGCAGCAAAUCAGCGAUUUCAAGCCCCUGAGGGAGGAUGUGGGCUUACACCGUGGGCUUCACCGUCCUGCCGCACGUCGGAGGAUUCCUCGGCUGGUUCCUCAACAGGAAGGAAAUCCCGGCGUGGUACGAGAAGCUGAAAAAACCUUCCUGGUGCCCAUCGCGCAGGGUGUUCCCCGUGGCCUGGACCAUGCUGUACACGGGCAUGGGCUACGCCUCGUACCUGGUGUGGAACGACCUGGGCGGCUGCAGCAGCAAGGCCAUCGUGCCCCUGGGGCUCUACGGGGCUCAGCUGGUGCUCAACUGGGCAUGGCCCCCCUUGUUCUUCGGUGCCCGCAACCUGAACAUGGCUCUGCUCGAUAUUCUGUGUCUGGACGGGCUGGCCGUGGGCACCCUGUGCUCCUGGUACCGCAUCAACCGCGGGGCAGCGCUGCUGCUGCUGCCCUACCUGGGCUGGCUGGCCAUGGCCACCUGCCUCACCAUCCGCAUCUGGAAGGACAACCCCGAGCACAAAUCGGGCAAGAGCGACUAAAGCGAGCAGUUCUGCCGGGAUUUAUUCCAGCGAAA